GAUUGCACCACAGGAACAACAUCAAAACCACCAAAGAGAAAGUGUUCUACACGAAAUUUAAUGACGGGAGGAUCCGAGACGUGUACUUGUGUUAGACUUGGGCGUAGUGACCGUGACGUACUAGUAGUGUAUCCAGAGUUCAUUAGGGUACUCAAUACAACGAGAUCAUUCGUGAACUGCAGGAAAAGGCGCGACUGAAGAUUUUCUCCUUCACUACAAACCAUGCAUGAAGAUUUUUAUAAGGAUCUGGCGGCAGGUGUCCACGAGAUCAAAGAGAAAUUACCUGGCAAGUGUGACGUCACAAAGGAAAGCGCCACAUUUCAGCACAUUGUUACAGUUCGACCAAAUGAUGCAAUGACCUUGGAGUUUAUUUACAAUGACUGGUACCCAAGCAGAGUUCCAAAAAUUCGGGUUAAAUUCAACAAGAAGGCACAGUACAAGAAGAGCGAAAAGGAACUGGAAUCAGACCUGCUGGUCAAGGCAAAGAGUCACGAGUAUUUGAAUACGCCCAUGAUUCCUAUGCUUGUCGACUACGCAGACGUUGCUGCCAAUCAAGCCAGUAGUGCUGUGGUUGCUGCAGUAUUGGAACAGAGGAAGAAUAUUUCUUCAGAAAUCUGGGUGGGUGAUGAUGGUGAUGGUGACAAAAUCACUAGAUGGGCACAGCCUGACAUGACUCUGUCAUAUAAAGAGAAUACAGCUCCAGUUCAGUCUGGUGCUAGUAAUGCAUGGCGUACAGGAGACACGACUGCGUCGGUCGAUGACUGGAAUACAUAUGAAAUACCUGCGCAGGAAUAUCCCACCGUAGAUCCUUCAACAGAAAACCAGUGGGUCGGCGCUGUCGUGUCGUCAUCACUGUGGGCAGAUGGAGAAGACCAGACUCAGUGGCCUGAACUCUGCGACAACCCGCCUCCUUCGGAUGACUGGACAGAAAUUCCAUAUCGCAAAAAGAAAACUAUACCAGAAGAGAAACAAUUCGAUAGAAAGGUCACGUCUGCCUUAGACUCAAAGGUAAACAGCAAAACGAGAGGGAAAGGAAAGGGCGGGAAGAAGACUGGUUCUUCAGCUCGACCCAACUAUUUCAUCGCGGUUCGCUGCACCAACCCAGAUAUCGGCGACGCUUUAGAAAAGGUGACCAGUGACAUUGUGUCCCAGAAUUCCGUGUAUGACGACAUCUGCUACAACCGCAACGAGAUCCACGUGACCAUCUGUACCCUGGCUCUUGGUUCUGAGAGGCAGAUCAAGCGAGCCGUCAAAGUUCUUCAAGAUAUGAGGGCAGAACUUAUCUCUCAUGCACCGAAAGAGCUGCUCAAGAUUGCAGGGAUAUCCGAAUUCAACGGUGGAAAGGUCAUCUAUGGUCAAGUCGACUGUCCUCAAGAGUUUCUGAAAUUCCGCGCGUUGCUAAGGAGAUGGUUGCAGGGACAAGGAGUCACCCCCACAGACGACGACGACGAUUACACGGCCCACAUGACAAUCGGGAAGAUCACCCAGACGUUUCUCAGACGUGUUCCUGACGUAACGAACUUCCCAGAACAUUUGUACAAGAAAUUCAUAAACAUGACCUUUGGGCUCCAGAAGGUGGAAGGCAUCCACCUGUGUAAGAUGGGAUUUGAAAGACGGGAGGACGGGUUUUAUACCUGCCCAGUAGAAAUCAUCUUCUGAAGAAGAAUCGCGAGCACCUAAACCCAUGUUUGUAACACCCACACUGAACAAUUUAGUAGUUACUCGGAUUAAAGGAACUACCCAGAGUUUUCUGCGAUUAAGAUGAUGUCGACUAACAGAGACUUUUUAGCGACUGUAAUUGCAUAUUAAAUAAAUAUUUUAAAAAUAAAUUAUUAGUUAUUAAAUAUUAAAAGUGUGUCUAAUCAUACUAGUACUGAAUGAAACGUCAUUUGAUUUUUUCGUACGUAUGACAUUUGUGGGAUACCAAAUGAACUUUGGGCAACUUACAAAUAUUAGGAGGGUCAGAAACACAUUGAAUAUACAAACAUUGAUAUUUAAAACAAGAAAAUAUAUUUAAUAUGUAAUACUAGUAAUUAAACAUUUGGAUUAGUUGAAAACAUGGUACCAGGGCGAGGGGGGGGGGGGGGGGGGAGUUGCCCCCUGGGAAUCUCACCUUUU